UUUUGCGAACUGUAGAUUCAGUUCGGAUAAUAUUAGUAGUAGACAAAAAAAUAAAAAGAAAAAUUAUUGUAGUUUCAUGUUGGUUUUUUAUUAUAAGCGGCCAGUGCUACCACUUCUACUAGUACUACUACUACUACUAGUGUUACAACUACUAAUACUACUACAUCCACUAAAUCAGCAACAUCAAACCCAACACCGAUUCAACCGAAAGGUUCCGGCGACGAUGUCCAGAUGAAGGUGGUUAAGAAUGUUAUAGUACCGAACACUGCGACGCCCGGAAAAUCGACACUGACGUCACUGUUGACUGCAAAUAACGCGGCUGGUGUGAACAAAUACGCAGGUCGGAGGAUAUUUAUGACUAAAGGACCAGAUGGUAGUACCAGAGUUAUUGCGGGAUCGCCUGGUAUAAUAACCAAAGGCGCCCAGGCCGUACAGCAGUCUCUUAUUAAGGUUCAAACGACCGGAGGUCAGACGGUACAGCAGAUACAAAUUCAACAACCAGUGACAACAGCCGCAACGCCCACCAAACAGUCCGACGUUCCUCAAAGGGUCCAGAUCAUGCGCACGCCCGACGGCCGUCUUACGGUUAAGGGUCUGAUGCCUGGUCAGCAGCUGAUCCAGAUGCCUGAUGGCAAGCUGCAGGUGCUCUGCACUACGCAAAUUCAGCAACAGACACCGGCGUCGGGCGCGGGCACCGCAUCUGCCACUACUAUUUCCAGUGGCGUCGUUCAAAAGUUGAUUCAACAGCCGUCGCCAACGACUGCCGUGGUACCAACAAAAACCGUCAUUAAAUCAGCUAUUACGUCCGCAGGCAAGGUCAUAGUGCAGCAACAGAAGAACGCGACGGUGAUUGCCGGGGUUCAACAGACGCAAGCGCAACAACAACCAUUGACACAAAGUCCAAACAAAACACAAGUUGUUAUUAAACAGCAGACCCCCGUUUUGCAGAAAGUGAACACGCCACCAGGGACUGUUGUGGUCAGCGGAGGACAGCCUGUUAUUCAGCAGCAGGUUGUUGUUAGUGGACAGCAAGUAGUUACCACCAGCGGAGGACAGCAGCAGGUCGUGACUAAUCAGUUCAUAGUUCCAAACCAGCAAGUGGCUCAACAAUUGGCUUCUGGUAAACUUCAAAUUGCUACGAUCAAUGGUCAGCAAGUUCUGAUUAGACCUACAGGAAACGGUCAGGCUCAGGUUGUUGCUCAGAUAACGACCGGUACCAUUACGCAAACCCAACAACAGACUCCUCAACCUCAGACAACUGCGGCCAUAACACCAGUGAAGCAACUCUUGCAACAACAACAGAGCAUUCAGGAUCAGCAGACUACUACAUCAGCGGCAGUGGUAACUAAUCAACAACAAACGUCGACAGCGACUAAGUCCAUUUCUGUCGAUAAUUCAAUCGAUCCUGCAACGAUGGAGCAGUUGCUCGCUGGUCAACCUCCUGGUACUGUGAUUAAAUGUGUUACUGCCCAGGUCAUACAAACGCAACAAGGGCCACGGAUUGUACUGCAAGGACUGCAAGGAGCAGACUUCACCCCGCAGCAAUUGGCUGCCGUUCAGCAACAAGUUAAACAACAAUUACUCAAAGCCCAGGCAUCUACAGGUAAACAAGGUGUUCUUGGUCCCACAAAGAUUUAUCUGGCCGUCCAACCACCCGCUUCUUCUGAUACGGCGUCGGAAUCGCAGCCCCCACCCUUGGCUCCCGUACAACAUGUCAACCAGAUGAACCAUCAGCAAAUGGCGGCGUCUGCGACAACGACGCCAGUAUCGGUGGUAACCAACAUGGUUAAACAGCAGGCAAUCAACAGUGCUGUGACGCAGACGAGCGAGGCUUCCUCAGUUCGUGAAGUGCUAGUCAAUGGUCAACAGUCUUCGGCUCUUCUACAAGCGAUGAAGGUAAACAUGGAGGCAUCUCAGCAACAGCACACGGGUGUCAUUCAGCAAACGACGAACGCCACAACCCUCGGAGGUAGUAACAGUGUGACGACAGGAAUUAGCGGCGGAGGAAGCGGAGGGGGUAAUAAGCAGUUCGUAGUCACUCCCGACUACAUCCAACAAACAAUCAAAACGGCGUUAAAACAAGAAAAUCUAAACCCGGAAAUAGAAGAGAAGCUGCUGCAACUACAACGAUACCAAGAGACGAAGAUGAAACAAGAACCUAUUGAAACGAUACCUGUAGUUCCUACCCGUCCUGUAAUACAACCAACCGUCACCAAUACUAUACGUCUACCUUCACGUAAACGCCCGCCAAGUUUAAGAGACGACGACGCAGAUUGGGUGAUGGGUAUGGAAACACCAAAACGUACUAGACCUAUGAAGACGGUGCUGGAAAUUAAAAAGGAAGCCUUACCAAUUGUACAAACUGAUAGGACGUUGUCGCCUCGGGCAAGAGUUAAAAUAAAAGAUGGACAAGAUGAGGAAAGGACGAAGAUUAAAACAAAAGCAAUGGUAGCUCUCUUUAGACACAAAGAAGCACUGAAAAAGGACAUCUUAAGGAAACGAGCACUUCUUGAAAAAGAAUUACAAUAUGAGAUUCAAAAAGAAGUAGCAGAAGAAUUGGCAGCACGAACGAAGCUGGAAAGGAGUAAACAAGAUGAGGUGAGAACGGGUAGCAGCAAGAGGAAAUCUACAGCUAUUGCGCCACAGACCCCUGCUUAUACGCCCGCGCCCCGAUCUUCUGGUCGACCGAAGAAGAAGCAGCAAAACCAGCCGUCACCCCCAUCAAAUCAGCAUUCCUUGCACAACAAACUAAAGAAGGAGAAACUGUAUUGCAUUUGCAGGACGCCAUACGACGAGACAAAGUUCUAUGUCGGUUGCGACUUAUGUAACAAUUGGUUUCAUGGCGAUUGUGUCGGUAUCACUGAAGAGAGCAGCAAAACCAUGACCGAAUUCAUUUGUAAUGAAUGCCAACAGGCAAGGGAUAGUCAGAUGCUUUAUUGCCUUUGUAAGCAGCCUUACGAUGAAUCUCAGUUUUACAUUUGUUGUGACCGUUGCCAGAACUGGUUUCACGGUAGGUGUGUGGGCAUUUUGCAGUCUGAAGCCGACUCUAUUGACGAAUAUAUUUGUCCGAAUUGCCAGAAGAAUUCGUCUGUUAAUUUUGCUAAUAUGAAAGACCUCACUGAAAAGGAUUUCGAAGGUCUUCGGAAACUUAUCAGGCAGAUACAGACUCACAAGAGUGCCUGGCCGUUUAUGGAACCAGUGGAUCCAACAGAAGCCCCGGAUUAUUACAAAGUAAUCAAGGAACCAAUGGAUCUUCAGAAGAUCGAGAACAAGAUAAACGAUCAGCGCUAUGUCAAGUUGAGCGAGUUUAUAGGCGAUAUGACGAAGAUUUUUGACAACUGUAGAUAUUAUAAUCCACGGGAAUCGCCGUUCUUUAAAUGUGCCGAAUCGCUUGAGGCGUAUUUCGUUAACAAGAUCAAAUUUUUGCGGGAAAAACUGUCGGAAAACAGCAAGUCAUGAACUAAUGACGUGUUUAGGUUUUAAGUGGUUUUUAUUAAGGUAAUAGGAAUUUUACAACCGCUAGUGUUUUAAGGUCCACACACAUACAAAAAGAAAUAAAAACACAGACAGGCAGGAAGAAAGAUAACGUACACAUAAGAUAAAAUGUGUAAAAAAAUGUCGAGCCGUUAGCAACAUGUUUCAAUGGAUCUCACACAGGAUGAAAUGAUGAGUGCGCCGUGAGAUCACACGGGUGCCCUCGCGUUUCGUUUUUGUUUGUACCUUUCCCCUUCAUUUUUUAAUUAUUGUUCUUUUUUGUAUUGUAAAUGUUGGUGGUUUUCCUGAAAACGAUUGAUGGAUUGAUUGUGUAAAUUUUACAUUGUAAAUAGGUCUUUCACACUCUGGAUUGUAUCGUAGCUUACGAUGUGAAUAUUUAUAUGCCAGUGCAUUUUCUUCUCGACUUUUUCGUAGCAGUUUACUAUUAUGUAGUAUUCCUUUAUUUUUUUUUUUCAUUGGCGCCUUAAAUAAUUUAUUACUAUAGUCGGCAGACACUUAUUUUAAACUGUACAUUUUGUUAAUACGAUUAAUAAUAAUGGUAAUAAUAAUGAUAAAUAAUUAAUAAAUCAUAAACUAAG